AUGAUUAAUCUCCUCUAAAUGUUGCAACAAUAAAGAAGUCCAUUUUAUGAGGAAUUGUCCAUUUAUGAAGAUGGAAGAAAAGUAAUUUUUAAUUUUAGAAGUAGAUGUUAGAAAGAUCACUAAGAGAAAAAGGAGGGAUGGAGUACUAUUUGAUAUCAAAAAAAUUCAUAAAAUAAUGGAAAUAUUAUGUAGAUUAUGAUGAGGAAAUGGAUGAAUAUGAAAAGGACACUCGAUAAAAAGUUUUGAAUUUAAAUAUGAAUAGCCCGAUAAAAUCAAUUCUGAUUUAAUUAACCAUGAGAAAUUGUUUAAGUACUUUCCUGAAGGUCAUAUUUAUAAUUCUAGCAUUCGUUAUUUGGAAAAUGAAUGGGAUUAUGAAAUUGUAAUUUAUGUAAUAGAAAUAUAGGUUUUGAAAGAAGUAUAUGAAUAUUUUAAAGCAAAUUAUUAAUCAAUUGAACCCUAAAUAAGAGUAGGGUUUUAUAAUGAUAAUCUUAAAAGAAAAUAGAUAUUCCCUAACUUAGCAAGAGUAUGAAUAUUAUUAAUUUAAGUUUACUUUAAUUUAUUGGUCUCCUAUAGAUAAUAAAUUAAAUACAGUAAUAGCUUAAGUUGAUUACAAUUCUGAGAUUAAGGCAUGGACAAAUUUACUUAGAGAUACAUUUUAAGAGUUAUUCAAACCAAAAAAGAUAAAUAAUGUUCGUAUUUGGUGUCCACGACAUAAAACAUUUAAAUAAGACUUAUUAAUUUAAUAAAUAAUCAAAACCAAAUAGGUAGAUGGUGAUAUUUUGGAUGAUAAUAUGAUGAUAUUUCAAAUGUAAAGUUAAAGGAAUAAUUGUUUAAUUCUUGAUUUAGAAAUGAACGAUUGGUAGUUUACAAAGUUUAAAAAAACAGUUGAGUAUGACAAUGAACUAUUGUUAGAAAUAGCAUUAUAGGGUUGUGGUUAAUUAGUGUGUGAAUUUCCAUAAUGCAAAUUAAAUAAUGGAUUUUUAGAAUUAGGUUUUGGAGUAGAAGAUAUCAAAGGAAUUUGUUAAGUUUUAAUUGAAAAUGAAGAAGUCAAAUGGGAAUUAAUGUGUUCAAAAUCAAAAAUUUUAGAUAAAAAUUUAAUUCCAUUUUAAUAGAGGGAUAACAAAAUUGAUAUAGUUUAAUACUUAUUGAAAAUAUCUAAUUCUUUAGAAUUAUUUGGAUUUUCCUUUGUGGAAAAUUUUAAUAAGAAUUAAGGAAUAUAUUAGAUUGACUAAGAAAACCCAGAAAUUAAUUCCCCAUUAAUUUAAUUGACAGAUAGCUUAUUAAAAUAAUAAAAAGAAAACACAUUACAAAUAAUUAAAAAUUUAUUCUCCAAAAAAGUUGUGGAUAUUGAACCACUAACAAAUUUAUAUUAACUUAGAGCACUCUACUUGAUUCUAUAAUUUAGAGGAUGUCUUAAUGUUAUUCUAGAAGAAAAAUCUUAAAUUAUAUUGACUAUAAUUAGAAGGUUAAAUUAAUAGCAUUUAAAUUAAUUAUCAAAAUGGCUUACUAAACUUGAUAAAUCUGAACUAAUAUAAUUAUAAUAGAUAAUAAAAUAUUUGAUUGAAGACCAAAUCAAAAUCCAAUAAAAUGCUCCCAUUAGACCCCUAUUAGAAAUUGAUGAUAUCUCAAGAAUUAAAGGACUCUUUGAAUUAUAUAGUUUGAUUUAUAAAUCAAACCUAAGGAAUCGUAGAAUCAAAGCUUCUGACUUUAUCAUAAAUUCCAUAUAACAUUUUUACAAAGUCGAUGCAGAUAGAGAAGAAUUCACAUAGUUUUAAUUUUUCAAUUAAAAGAUUUUGAGAAAUUACUCUUUUACUUUUUGUCAAUAUGCUUGGUCUAUGCCAAUAGAAUUUAAAUCUAAGCUUCUCUAUAUCGAAUGUAAAGUGAAGCAGUAUGAUUAAAGGAGAAGAACAUAUGGUCUUUUACCUUAAUAUGUAUCCUUAACUAUAGAAAGAGAUAAUAUCAUUGAAUCUGCUAUUAAAUAGUUAUAAUAAACUUAGGUUUCCUUGAAGAAUCCUCUAAAAGUUUAGUUUGUUAAUGAACAAGGAGUUGAUGAAGGAGGACCAAAAAGAGAAUUUUUCAGAUUGAUUAUGGAAAAAUUAGUCACUCCAGAUUAUGGUAUGUUUAUUCCUAAAAAUAAUGAUACUGUAUUUUGGUUCAAUCCUCAAUCUUUUGAAAUGCCCAUCUAUUAUUCUUUGAUUGGGAAGCUUUUAGGAUUAUCACUUUAUAACUCUGUAUUGUUGGAUGUUCGAUUUCCAACAGUAUUGUUUAAGAAAUUGUAAAGAGAGAAGAUUAAAGAGGAAGACCUUAAGGAAUUAGAUAUGGAGACUUAUACUGGAUUUUAAUUUUUAAGGGAAUAGACAGAUCCAAAAAUAGUUGAGAGUCUAUGUCUGACAUUUAAUGCCACUUACAAGGUUUGGGGAGAAAAUUAUUAUGAAGAUUUAAAAGUAUUUAUAAUAUAGAUAAAAUAGCCUAAUGGAUUUUAAAUUAAUGUCACAAUUGAAAAUAGAGAGGAAUACAUAUCAUUAUAUAUAGAUUGGUAUUUGAAUAAGUUGGUUUAGAAAUAAUUUGACUUAUUGAAAGAUGGAUUUAAAACAGUAGUUGAUGGUGAUGGUAUAAAAGUAAAGCUUUAUUUUAUUAAUUUACAAUAGUUGUUUUCAGGCGAAGAAUUGUAGUAACUGAUUAUAGGCUUACCAACUUUUGAUAUGAGAGAUUUGGAAUUGUCAACCAAAUAUGAUGGAUAUGAUAUUAAUUCGGAAUAUAUUAAGUAUUUAAAUAUUAAUAUUAAAGGUAUUUUUGGAAUUGCAUCCAUUCGUUGAAUGUAGAAAUGCAGAAAAGGUUUUUAUUUUUCUGCACAGGCUCUGAUAGAAUUCCUGUUGGAGGACUCAAAUCUAUGAAAUUUGUUAUUUAAAAACAUGGAGAAGGUAUUAUUUUUUAAAUAUCUAGAUACUGAAUAAUUACCAUCAGCACAUACUUGUUUCAAUGUUUUAUUGUUACCGUAAUACAAAAAUAAAGAAACCUUAAAAGAAAAGUUGAAGAUCUCUCUUGAAAAUGCAGAAGGAUUCGGAUUGAUGUGAUU